AUGGGAUCCCACGUCUUGCAGAUAUUAAGGCAAGGAGUCUGGGCAGCGUUAACAGGAGGCUGGUACCAUGACCCCCAUGACAGCCAGUUUAAUAACAUCUGCCACUUGUAUCUGUGGAUAUUCCUGCUUUUGUUACCUCUGGCAAUGCACUUGUUUGUAAGUUUUCAACUUCAUCUUAUGUUCGAUAAAGGGAUAGUGAAUCACCUUAAGAAAGAUAAAGGAGAAGCAAAACAAGAUGGUAACAUCACAAAUGGCCGCUCUGUUUCUGGGUGA